AUGGUGAGUUUUUCCAUGUGCCCCAUUCAACUGCGGCUCGUUUCACCGCUUUUGCUGUUGCUGCUGCUGCCGCCGCCUCCCUCCAGUGGAGCGGAGCCGCAACCGAUGCACCAGGAACGCAGCGCGGAGCUCGAAGCUAUACGCAGCGCCAUCCUGGGAAGGCUUGGGCUGUCCGCGCCUCCCAACGUCCAUCCCCGCCUACUCAGUGCCACGGAGGUCCGGAGGCUGCAGCGCCGCUAUGAAGAAGCACUGGCCCAGCUGAGGACCAACCGGAGCCUGGAGGAGACAGACCUACACCGUAGUUCGGGUCCCAGUAUUCCUAGGGUCCAGAUCCUGGCGCCCAAAGUGGAGCUCAGCCGAGACGCUUCCAACCUGCGCUUCCACCUGCUGCUGGACCGGGAGGCGCUGCCUGCGGAGAUGCCAGAGAAGCCGCGACUGAUGAGCGCCCAGCUGUGGUUGUUUCUGCAGCCACCUUCCCCGCCCCCUCGGAAUGAGGGGGCCACCUCCCCUGUAGAAGCUGAAGUAAAAAGCCUGAGGUUCGACCUGACGCGGCCGCUGCAGCGCUGGCUCAGGCUCAGGCCAGGUGGAACCACUGCGCCCCAGCUGCGGCUGCCCCUGGCUCUGCCUCCCAGCAUGGCCCAGGAGCUGCUCCAACAGCCCCGGGAACCGCGCGCCAGCCUGCGCCUCAAGUUCCAGGCCCCCGCGGGCAGGAAGAGUCGCAGGGUGCGGGCGCUGGAGCCAGAUAACGACUGCAAAGAGAGCAGCGGGAGCCGCUGCUGCGCUCGCUCGCAGCGCGUGUCCUUCCACGAGCUUGGCUGGUCAGACUGGAUACUGGCGCCUCGGGAAUACGAGAUGCGCUUUUGCGAAGGCUCCUGCCCGCACAACUACCGGCCCGCAAGCAUGCACGCACAGCUCAAGGCCCGCCUACACAGCGUGGCCCCAGCCGUUGUGGGCCCACCCUGCUGCGCGCCCUCUGCCUAUGAGCCCAUAGUACUAAUGCACUAUGGCAGUGAUGGGCAGGUGACGCUCACGCCCUUUGAAGAUCUGGUCCCCACAACUUGCCACUGCGCAUGACCCAACUCGCCUUGGGGGGAGGGGAGGCUCCUACCCGGCAAAGUGGAAGGGACUGGACAUUAGCGGGAUAGGAUGGGCGGACAUCCAGCUUCCUUUCUCCCCAGCCCAAGCAGGCAGCCCAAAGCUGACCUCUACACUGCAAAUGCAGAGUGACUGAAGAACGAGUUCGGGUGGCCACCUGUGGUACCUGCUACAGCUAUGGCCAAAGAGUGGAGCUGAAGGUGGCUGACCAUGGCGUCUAUGUUUCCUGCUUCCCUGGCUUGGGAGAAGCAGCCUUAUUUAUAGUCAUAUUUAUCGUUAACUUAUUGGGGCUGAAGGGAUGGGGAGGGGGAUUUGUACAACUCUUGUUGCUUGGCUUUUAUUUAUAAUGGACACUGUUACAGAAUGGAUCCUCUGUUACUUUGAAAAGGGAAUUAAAAUAUUAUGAAAUGAAAAGGCAUUAAAAAUAAAUCCUAAAACUGAAUUUCCUUGAGUUGAAUCUUGAG